AUUUUUGUUUUUGUGUUUCGACUGUUUAGGAAAGAAAAAUGGGCAAACAGUUUCAUGCUUUUAUGUUCCCAUGGUUUGCUUUUGGUCAUAUGACUCCGUACUUGCAUCUAGCCAACAAGUUAGCUGAGAAUGGUCAUAGGGUUACUUUCUUGCUACCUAAGAAAGCUCAGAAACAGUUGGAACAUCACAAUCUAUUCCCAGACAAUAUUGUCUUUCACCCUCUUACUAUACCUCAUGUUGAUGGCCUCCCUACUGGCGCCGAGACCGCCUCGGAUAUCCCCAUCUCGUUGGGGAAGUUUCUGACCGCAGCCAUGGAUCUAACACGCGAUCAGGUAGAAGCAGCGGUCUGUGCUUUGAGACCAGACCUAAUCUUUUUCGAUUUUGCUUAUUGGGUUCCAGAAGUGGCGAAAGAACACAGAGUCAAGAGUGUGUUGUACUUUGUGGUAUCGGCUAACUCCAUAGCUCAUGAACUUGUCCCAGGUAGUGAAUUAGGAGUAUCUCCACCGGGUUAUCCUUCGUCAAAAGUGGUGUACCGUGAGCAAGAUGCUCACGCCUUGUUUUCCUUUUCCAUGUUCUUCGAGAGGCUUUAUCACCGGAUAACAACAGGUCUAAUGAAUUGUAAUUUCAUUUCAGUAAGGACUUGCAAAGAAGUUGAAGGUAAGUUUUGUGACUAUAUCGAGAGUCAAUACCAGAGGAAGGUUCUUUUGACAGGUCCAAUGCUUCCAGAGCAAGACAACAGUAAAGCACUUGAAGAUCGAUGGAGUCACUGGCUGAAUCAGUUUGAACCCGGCUCUGUAAUAUAUUGUGCAUUGGGAAGUCAAAUCAAACUGGAGAAGGAUCAGUUCCAAGAACUCUGUUUAGGAACAGAGCUUACUGGUUUACCGUUUCUUGUAGCGGUAAAGCCACCAAAAGGCUCAGAGACAAUCCAAGAAGCGUUGCCAGAAGGGUUUGAGGAGAGAGUGAAGAAUCGUGGAGUGGUUUGGGGAGAAUGGGUGCAGCAACCAUUGAUAUUGGCUCAUCCAUCAGUAGGCUGCUUUGUGAACCAUUGUGGGUUUGGAUCAAUGUGGGAGUCUCUAGUGAGUGAUUGCCAAAUAGUCUUGCUUCCAUAUCUAUGUGAUCAAGUUCUCAACACGAGACUGAUGACAGAGGAACUCGAGGUUUCGGUAGAAGUCCAAAGAGAGAAAACAGGAUGGUUCUCGAAGGAGAGCUCGGUGAUGGACAAAGAUAGCGAGGUAGGGGGUCGAGUGAGGAGGAACCACACAAGAAUGAAGGAGAUUUUGGUUAGUCCUGGAUUAUUAACCGGUUACACUGAUAAAUUUGUUGAAACUUUGCAGAAUCUAGUUGAUUCAAAUCUGGAAUGAAAUACUUUGUAAAGAAGUAUACGUACGUAGUAGCUGUCACAAAUAAGGAAAUAAGAAACUAGACCAUGACGAAGUCGUCGUGGAUGUGUUUUGUCUUU